CGGUUUACAGAGUAUGCAAGAAUUAAAAAUUUCAUGUAAACAUUGGCUUAGAGAAAUAAAAUAUAAUAAUGGAUGCGUAUAUGCGAAAUGAGCUGACUGUUGACAGUGAGUUAACGUUAGAUCAAGCUGUACACCAUUCCACCAAACUGAUCGUUUGGCUACUCGAUUGUCUGGAACAAAUGCAAGUGGAACAGCCAAAGCAUCUGGAGCUCAGUCACACGGACAUCGAGUGCAUGUUUAAGGCGACAUUAUAUUUAUUUGAAUGUCAUGCACAGUAUGGUGACAAACUGGUAGAGGCUGUGCUGCUACAAUGUAUUCAAGCGCAUGCGAUCAUAAGACGCUUCUAUAAUAACUUAGAAGCAGAUCGGACGCAAUGCAUUCAGGAGCUGUGCGCCAACAUUAUCAAUGGUACACGCAACGGCCAUACACAUGCGCCACUGUUAUAUCAAAUGCACAAAGCUUAUGCAGAACUACAGCCAGCUUGGUCAACAAUUAAGGAUAUGGAUUGGUCAGCCAUGGCCAGGAAUAGAGCUAACAAUACGACGUUGAAUGCUGCAACAGCUGCCACAUCAAUUGGACUAAAUGUCCAUACGCUGCAAAUGCGGCAAUUGGUUCGACGCAUAUGUCGCCUAACAACAAUGCAGGACAUCAAAAUAGCGCUUGCACGUUCCAUGCAGCUCAUCCGGAGCUGUGAUCUCUGGCUGCAGCUAUUCCGUGAGCCCAAAGAGAGUUUGCUGUACACUCGCUGCUAUAUGUUGCGUCAAAUGAUCUGUGAUAUGCUAAACGAGGGCAAAACAGCGUGCUCGGCCAGCGUUUGUUUUGUCCAUCAUAUUUACGAAUUUGUGGCCAGCGGCAAUUGCUCCAAUCUCUCGAGGCUCUACUGUUGGCUCAUGCAUGCGCGUUUCGCUACCGCCGUGGGCAGCUAUUUACAUGACUAUUGGCAGCAACAGCAAGUUCUGCAGCUUUUACAGCAGGAUGAUAUACCAUGUUCCACAAUGGAGCUGCCACUGGAUGAGAUGAUCUACUUGACGCAUUUGCUGCUCAAACCAAAAUCGCCGUGUCGCAGUCAAUUCUAUGCGAAGUUGAAGUCGCUGCCGUCGCCAGUCCUCGCACAACUCAUGGACUUGCUCAAUAAAGUUGCCUACGUUUACAGCUAAAUUGCAAUUUUAUCUCUACUUUCUUUAAUUAUUUGGCAA